AUGGCCAGAACCAAGCAGACUGCCCGUAAAUCCACCGGUGGCAAGGUCCCCCGUAAGCACAUCGCUUCCAAGGCCGCUCGCAAGGCCGCCCCAACCACCGGCGGUGUCAAGAAGUCCCGUCGCUACAAGCCAGGAACCGUCGCUCUGCGUGAAAUCCGUCGCUACCAGAAAUCCACCGAGCUGCUCAUCCGCAAGCUCCCCUUCCAGCGCCUCGUCCGUGAAAUCUCCCAGGACUUCAAGACCGACCUGCGCUUCCAGUCUUCCGCCAUCGGCGCCCUCCAGGAGUCCGUCGAGGCCUACCUCGUCUCCCUCUUCGAAGACACCAACCUCUGCGCCAUCCACGCCCGCCGUGUCACCAUCCAGCAGAAGGACAUCCACCUCGCCCGCCGUCUGCGUGGUGAGCGUUCUUAG